CCCCCCCAAAAAAAAAAAAAAAAAACAGAAGGGGCGCGCGUAAACGAGACGGAACGGAAUUAACAAAUCUUCCCUUAACCUGCAGUCAAGUUCGAUAACUAUUGCCAUGGCGAAGAGUUCGUUUAAGACGGAACACCCCCUAGAAAGGAGACAGGCUGAAGCUGCUCGAAUCAGAGAAAAGUAUCCAGAUAGAAUACCUGUGAUUGUUGAGAGGGCUGAAAAGAGUGAUGUUCCUGAAAUCGAUAAGAAAAAGUAUCUGGUUCCAGCUGAUUUGACUGUUGGCCAGUUUGUGUAUGUGGUUCGAAAGAGAAUCAAGUUGAGUCCUGAGAAAGCCAUCUUCAUUUUUGUCCAGAACAUUUUGCCUCCAACUGCUGCUAUUAUCUCUGCGGUUUAUGAGGAAAAUAAGGAUGAAGAUGGGUUCCUGUAUAUGACUUACAGCGGGGAAAACACAUUUGGGACUAUGAUCUGAACUGGCUUGCAGCAAUCUAUGUGCAUACGUAUUUCUGAAAAGAAAAUAAAUCUACAGUGGGAAGAAGCUAGCAUGGUUGUAAAUUCUUUGGUAUUUUUAACCUUGUUUUUCGUUAUGAAUAUUGCAUUUUUAUCUGAAAUGACACCGACCCUAAAUUAUAGGUAGAAUAUAUGGUUGAAUGGUGUGAAACCGGCGUGGGUGUCGUAAGAGGUCUUAAAUUCUAAAUUUUAAUACUGAAACUUGAUAGGAUUUAUUUUUA